AUGGUAGGAACAACUAAAAAGACAACUACAACAAAAUCUGCUGCUGCUAAGAAGGUAGUAGCUGAGGAACCAGUUGCCGAGGAGGUCAAAGUUAUCAAGACUAAAGCAGUAGCUUCAAAGAAAGCUGCUCCAUCAAAAGUACAGGAAGAGGUUACUGUUGCCAAAGCAAAGGUAACUGCAACCAAGAAGUCAUCAAAGGUUGUCGAAGAAGAGCCAACUCCAGCUCCAGUUGUUGAGGAGCCAAAGAAGAAGACUGCCGCCAAGAAGUCAGCCAAGGUUGUAGAAGAAUCAACUCCAGCUCCAGCACCAGUUGUUGAAGAACCAAAGAAGAAGACUGCCGCCAAGAAGUCAGCCAAGGUUGUAGAAGAACCAACUCCAGCUCCAGUUCCAGUUAUUGAAGAACCAAAGAAGAAGACUGCCGCUGCCAAGAAGUCAGCUAAAGUAGUCGAAGAACCAACUCCAGUUCCAGUUCCAGUUGUUGAAGAACCAAAGAAGAAGACUGCUGCCAAGAAAUCUGCCAAAGUUGUUGAAGAACCAACUCCAGCUCCAGUUCCAGUUGUUGAGGAACCAAAGAAGAAGACUGCCGCUGCCAAGAAGUCAGCUAAAGUAGUCGAAGAACCAACUCCAGCUCCAGUUCCAGUUGUUGAAGAACCAAAGAAGAAGACUACUGCUGCCGCUGCAAAGAAGACAACUACUGAGACUGUAGUAGCACCACCAGAAGAUAAGAAGGUAUCAAAGAAGAAGGCAGCCACAAAGAAAGCUGCAGUUGAACCAGUUGUAGAGAAAGCAGCAGAACCAGCUAAGCCAAUUCCAAUGACACCAGUCGAACCACCCUACAGCAUGGUAUACAACCAAACUCAUCACUCAAUGAAAAUAGUUGUACAACUCCACAAGAUCCCACACAAGCACAUCAACGUCGAACCAACCAACACUCACUUCAAAAUGGACACUCUUAAACAUACAAAGAAAUAUCUUUUAAAUGUACCUUUUAUUUCAAAUAUUCAAGUGGAUGCAGAGAAAUCAGAAGCUUCUUUGGAUCGUGAUGUAUUGACUGUUUUCAUUCCAGUAAUUACCGAUCAAAAAGAAGUAUUAAAGAGUAUCGAGGCUGAAAAGGUUGAGAAACAAGACAGCAAACAAAAAGAAAUCAGUAAGAAGAGAAAGACAACCGAAUCAAAAUCAACAAAGACAACUCCAAAGAAAUCAACAGCCACCACCACAAAGAAACAAAAAGUAGAAAAGAAACAAUCAGAAUCAGCACCAAAGAAGAAUAAUUUCAUUGAUAAUGAAUCAACUAAAGCUUUGAUCGAUGUCAUUGCAAGACAACAAGAGGAACAAGCACAACAAAAGAUUCAAAAGGAACAAAUCAAACAGAAACAAGAAGAGGUCAGAGAAUUUGAAAGAGAGAACAGAAAGGAAUCGAAACAUCAAAGAAAGAUUCAAAUGAUUUCAGAUCUUAAGGAGAAGAAAGCAUUGGGUUUGGAAGACGAUGUACCAAUGACCAACAGCAAUAAGAAGACAAAGAAAUCUGCCAACUCAAAGAGAUAUUGUAAUGUCGACCAAUCUCGAAAUCUUCGUCAUAAAUCAUAG